AUGGAGAACCGACACCACCGUGAAUUGACCUUCUUAAGCUCCGGCGACUUCCUCAACCGCCCUUUAGAUCACACAAUCCGCAACACCGAUCUUCCCAUCAAAGAAAUGGACUUCUUCUCAUCAGCUUCAUCCCCGGGUACUCAUAAAAACAACAAUAACAAUCAUAUGAACCGUGAUAGUCACAAGCAUCAUGGACAUCAAGAUCACACUCAUCGCCAAGGAUCACCAACACAUGACCACACUGAUCAUUGUGUAAACACCGGACUAAAUUUAACUUGUGCAAGUGCUGGAGUGAGAAAAGAAGAAAAUGGUGAAAAUUCUGAAGCUGAGCUGAGUUCUCUUCAAAGUCAAUUGCGGAAACUACAAGAGGAGAAUCGCAAGUUGAGGACCGUGCUGGACGAGAUUACCAGAAGUUAUACCCAACUACAAGCUCAGCUAUUCAUCACUCUGCAGAAAAAAAAGCUUCCUCAGAAUCCAGAAGCAAAUGGGAUGGUGUCGGAUCAAAAAAAUGUGGACCCUGCUGGAGCAUGCAGAAAGUUAGAGGUGGUGAAUGAUGCAUCGGUUUGUGAUGAAAAGACUGAUGGUGAGGUAUCGGUUUGUCGCUCAAACAACGCGGAGGUAUUGUCAAAGACAGAUGAUGAGGCUCCUCAAUUGGUUAAACUGAACCAUGGAAAACAGGCUUGUCCUAAUGCUGCAGAAGAUGUUCUUGACCGGUCCUCCUCACAGAGCUGGGGCUCAUCCAAGUUAGAGGAACAACCCAAAACUGCAGAACAAGUUGUUGCAGAUCAGAUUCCUCUCAGAAAAGCCAGGGUUUCCGUACGAGCUAGAUCAGAAGCUCCACUGAUCAGCGAUGGUUGUCAGUGGAGGAAAUAUGGACAAAAAAUGGCGAAGGGUAACCCUUGCCCUCGUGCUUACUAUCGCUGCACUAUGGCUGGAGGAUGCCCAGUCCGCAAACAAGUGCAGAGAUGCGUAGAAGAUAAGACAGUGUUGAUAACAACCUACGAAGGCAAUCACAACCACCCUCUGCCACCAGCUGCCACUGCAAUGGCAAGUACCACGUCAGCAGCCGCCGCCAUGCUCCUGUCAGGUUCGACACCCAGCAAGGAAGCUCUCACAAACUCUGCAGGAUAUUACUCUUCACUUCCCUAUGCUUCAAUGGCAACCCUAUCAGCUUCAGCACCAUUCCCAACCAUUACUCUCGACUUGACCCAAAACCACAACUCCAUGCAGCUCCACCGCGUACCACCCCAUGCCACUACGUUCCCUCUCCCACUGCAUGCUUCCUAUGGUUCCCACCUUCUAGAUCACCCCUUGUUUUUCUCACAGAAGCUUCCACCUGCGACAUUGCCCCUACUUCAUCCACGACAACCUUCGUCUAUGGUCGAAACGGUCAGUGCAGCCAUUGCUUCGGAUCCGAACUUCACUGCAGCUUUGGCAGCAGCAAUCUCCUCGAUCAUUGGUGUAUCGAGAGGAAGUGAUGGUAACAACAAUGGAACCGCUGGUGCUAUUCCUGGGUCUCCGCAGCUUCCUCAUGGUCUAUUUAAGAAUUUUGGAGUUGCCAUCACAUCAUUCAAAUGGACUACCUCUCUAAUUUCACUAACUGAUGCAUUCAAUGCUUCAGGUGAUAUGCAGUUUUCAGUUAAUGAUGAAGCCGAGGAUCAAAUGAAUGAAGCUUCACUUUCGGAAGAGAUGCUUGCUAUGUUAUAUUGCAUGGCAGUCAUGAGGCUUGUGAAUGUUGCUGUUGAGAAGACGCGCAAGAAGGAAGUCACAUCGAUUGCAGUUGCAGCUGAUGCAAUUGGUGAAGGAAUAACAAAAGUGAAGAAAGAAAUUAAGUCUAAGAUUCGUGAAUUAGCUGUCUCCUUGAAAGUCAAUGGGAAUGUCCAGUCACAGCUAAAGGGAAAACAUCUGGAGAUUGUUUCUGUGUUGUUGGAGUAUCUUUUGAAAGCUUUAAGUUUCUCAGAGUUGGAAGAGAAUGCAGAUGAUGCUUCAAUUGGUCUAACCACAGAGAACGUUUUGGCUGAUUGGAAGCUUAUCUUACUCAAAUUGUGCAAUAUGGAACCAGAAUUACUUCUGAAUAUUCUUAAGGAAGUCCUAGAUAUGAUUGAGAGUUAG